GGCGCCGUGUUUGAGGGCGCCAGACGCCCACCAACAAGAAUGCCUUCUAGGACCCCGUCCAGCCUUUCCUUCCCGGACCUGAUCCGUUACCCGCUGGCGACCUCUGGCCGCUCCUCCGGGAGGAAGACAGCUCCUCCUCUCCCUCAGAUCACUCUCUAUGAGGGCAAGCACUUCACAGGGCGGAAGCUGGAGGUCUUCGGGGACUGCGACAACUUCCAGGACCGAGGCUUUAUGAACCGAGUGAACUCCAUCCGCGUGGAGAGCGGAGCCUGGGUCUGCUUUGACCACCCCGACUUCCGGGGCCAGCAGUUCAUCUUGGAGCACGGCGACUACCCCGACUUCUUCCGCUGGAACGGCCACAACGACCACAUGGGCUCCUGUCGGCCUGUAGGGAUGCACGGGGAACAUUUCCGCCUAGAAAUCUUCGAGGGCUGCAACUUCACGGGCCAGUGCCUGGAGUUCGUGGAGGACUGCCCCUUCCUCCAGAGCAGGGGCUGGGCCAAGAACUGCAUCAACGCCAUCAAGGUGUACGGGGAUGGAGCGUGAGUAAUGGCCGAGUGGCUGCCAACCCCAGGCCUAGCAGAGCCCCGCACAGCCAGGUGUGGGGAGGCUGCCUGCCAAGCAAGCGCAGGACUGGCGGUGGGGUGGGUAGAAUGCCCAGUAUAGACUGCAGAGCUCACCCCCGAACUGGACUUCUUUGCAGACCCCCACCACGCUGACCUCCCCGGGGAGACAGACUUUGGGUGGCUCACUCUGGUAGACAGAGCGUAGCUUGGGGGGGAUGUGUCCCCAGGCCCAGAAGGGCUUGUCUGCCCUGCUCCAGAGCAACCGUCAGAACCCUGUCCUGCUGCCCCUGCAUACCUGGGCUUCCUUCUGGUCAGCCCAGGGGCGGCCCACACUGCCCCACGCACUCCCCCAGGCAGAGCCGUACCCCGAGCACUUUCAAGUUGGCCACCUCUUUUUAUCCUCCGGACCACUCUAUGGGGUAGAUACCAUUGCACCCAUUUUGCAGAGGAGCAAACUGAGACUCAGAAGGUCACCUGGCCCCAGCAUGUGAGUGGCACAGCUGGGACUGCAGCCAAAUCUGUCCCUGUUCUAAAGCUGGUGACUUCCCAGGCCUAAGCCCCCUCCCCUCGAGAGAAGGGCACCUCCCAGUGCAUGGUUGGUCCAGGAGCCUGGCUCUCGUCUAAGCAGCUAGGGGGCCGUUUGCCUUCUAUGCUCCGGAAGUUCAGGUCAGCUGGGGGACUGAAGGCAGAGGCCGAACCAAGGCAGAGCUAUGUACAGUUGACCCUCCCUACCACGGGUUCCACGUCCGUGGAUGCAACCAACCGUGGAUCGAAAAUACACAUUUUUAAAUUUCUGUACUGAACAAGUACAGACGUUCUUCUUGUCAUCAUUCCCUAAACAAUACAGUAAAACAACUAUCUGUACUGCAUUUACACUGCAUUAGUUCCUGUAGGUAAUCUAGACACAUUCACAUACAGUAAGUUCUCACUUAGCGUGGUCCACAGCUUCUUGGAAGCUGCAACUUCAAGCGAAACAAUGUGCGGCAGCUCCUCGAAUAAUAUCCUCUGGUUCAACACCAUUUCAUUAUAAGGUUAAUGAGAAAAAAAUGGUUUUGUUAUACGUCGUUUCACUUAAAGUCGAAGUUUCCAAGAGCCUAUUGACAACGUUAAGUGGGGACUAUACACAGGGAUGUGCACAGGUUAUAUGCAAAUACUGUGCCAUUUUAUAUCAGGGACGUGAGCAUCCGAGGACUUGGGUAUCCGUGGGAGGCCGCAGAAUCAGUCCCCCGUGGGUGUGUGGAUGGGGAGGGAUGGCUGUGUCCAGGCCACCUUCCCCUGGGUGGCCUGACGUUGGCUCCCAUCCUGCUGUUCCUUCGUCACUCUGGCUGGUCACCCUGGCUCAAUCCAGGACCCUGGUUUUCACCUCUGCUUUCCUUCUGC